AUGAAUGAAGCAGAAAAUAUGAUUCAAAAAUUACUUAGUACUACCAAUGUUUAUAUUGUUUAUCCAGGAAUGGAAAGUACUAUUACUAAACCAUUAUUUAAAAGAAAUAAUCAAAUAUUUAAAUCAAUUGAACAAUUAAAUACAAAAAAUCAAACAAAUUCACCAUUUAAACCAAUUGUUAAUCAAUUAAAAAUUACAGAAAAUAAUCUUAUUAUUGAACCUAUUUAUUCUCUUAAAGAAGUUUCAAAUUCAAUUAAAACAAUGUUACCUUCACUUCCAAAUCCAUUCUUUACUAAGUUAAAAGAAAUAAAAGAAGAGAAAAAGGAAGAAAUUUCACAUUCAUUUAAUUCAACACAAAUAACAAUGAAUAUUAAUUGUAAAAAACAAGAAAAAAUACAAAAUCUUUCAGUAAAAAUAAUUAAAUCAAUAUUUACUAUAGGUUCAGAAUUUCUUGGACCAACAUUAAUUUGUGUUAAAGUAAUAGCAGAAGGAUUAUUUGGUACAUUAAAUAAUUUUCCAUUAAAAAUACAAAGUCCCGAAGAAAUGAAAGGAUAUACUAAUGACUUUCUUAAAAUUAUUACAAAUUCAUUUAUUAAACCUGAAUCAUAUUUAAUAAGUGGAAUUUUUGUAUUUGGAAUUGAAUAUGCACAACUUAAAAAAAUUUGGGAUUUAAGAAUGAAAAAUAAAGAAGCUGUAAAUCAAUUAAUUAUUGAUAUGAAAAAAUAUUUUCAAAUAAUAUCAUUUUGUUUUACAGAUUCAUUUAGAGAAUAUCUUGAAGAUGUGUUUAAAAAUUCUUUAAUUCCAUCAGAAUUUGAUAUUUUCCAUUUCUUUAAAUCAGAUAUUGAAUUAUUUAAAUGGAAUAUUGAACAAACAGAAUAUUUAUCUAAAAGAUUUACUUAUAAACAAGAAAAAGAAGAAUCUGCUUUUGUAUCUAAAAAUUAA